AUGAGCUUCCCGACGCUGAUCCUGCACACCAACAAGGCUGGCGUGCGCACACCGCGCCAUUGUAGCUUUCCGCAGUGCGCCAAGGUGGCCAAGGCGCGCGGCUUCUGCAUCGCGCACGGCGGUGGCAAGCAGUGCUCUGUUGAGAAUUGCUCCACGAGUGCCGUGAGCCGCGGCCUCUGUGUCGCCCACGGCGGUGGCAAACGCUGCGCGUCCGAAGGCUGCGAUAAGAGUGCGCAGACGGGGGGGCACUGCUGGAUUCACGGCGGCGGCAAAAAGUGCAACGUCGACGGUUGCGUCAAGCGGGCGCAGAGUGGCGGCUGCUGUAUCGCCCACGGCGGUGGCAAGCGCUGCAGCGUCCUCGGGUGCCACAAGGUCGUCCAGUACUCUGGUCUUUGCGUCGGUCACGGCGGGUACCGCCAGUGCACCUCCGGCGCGUGCCACCGGCGGUCUCUCGCCAACGGUCGGUGCCGGCGUCAUCGCGGUGCCAACUACUGCCAGCUCUGCAGUUGCAAGCUCAAGUCGGGUGACGGCCUUUUGUGCGAGGCCCAUGCGACGUUGUCACCGCUGCAGGCCACGUCACCAACGUCUUCGUCCUCGUCGGAGCCGCUUUCGCCAAUGCUGCAGUCGCCGACAUCCGUGAGCAUGCUCCAGUCACUUCUCGGACGGACGUGCCUCGUCUCGGGCUGCCAUCGCUUUGCCAAGAUCCAGGACCAGUGCCUCCAGCACGCGACGAACGAGUAG